GCAAGGAUGGAUGUCCUGUCUCCUUGGUCAGUAAAGCAUAUGUGUGUGUGUGUGUGUGUGUGUGUGUGUGUGUGUGUGUUUCUUUACCAAUUUAUAAAAGUGUUAGGUUACAUGGCUCGUAGGGGAGCGGCUUCUCCGUUUCCUACAAUCUGACAAGACAGGACAUGUAAAGUUUCUGAGUGUGAGUGAGUGUGGUGACGUAGCAGCUGCUGAAUCUGGUUUGGCAGGAUUUCUGCGGAUAGGGCGAGAGAGCAGAGGCAGACAAAGAGAGAGAAAGGAGCGGAACACUUGGAACUACGUUUUCUCCUUUAACUUCAGCCGUGUAUUUAUCUCCUCCCGCUGCCGUCCACAUAUUUGGUUCUGGUGUUUAAGCAAAGUUUCAGCACCGGGGUGCUCCUCUUGCGUCCAUCACCCGGUCCAGUCCAGCAGCAGGGAUGAACUGGUCGGGACUGGAGAGUCUGUUGAGCGGAGUCAAUAAAUACUCCACGGCGUUCGGGAGGAUCUGGCUGUCAAUGGUGUUUGUGUUCCGCGUGAUGGUCUUUGUAGUCGCAGCGCAGAGGGUCUGGGGGGACGAGAGCAAGGACUUUGUGUGUAACACCCGGCAGCCCGGCUGUACCAAUGUCUGCUAUGACCACAUCUUCCCCAUCUCCCACAUCCGUCUGUGGGCGCUGCAGCUGAUCUUUGUCACCUGCCCGUCUCUGAUGGUGAUGGCUCAUGUGAAAUACCGCGAGGGUAAGGACCAGAAGUACGUGGCGCUGCACCACGGCUCCCACCUGUACGCCAACCCAGGCAAGAAGAGAGGUGGGCUGUGGUGGACAUAUCUGCUGAGUUUGGUCUUCAAAGCCGGAUUCGACACAUCAUUUCUCUACAUUUUGUACAGGGUAUACCAUGGAUACGACCUGCCCAGGUUAUCCAAGUGUGCACUGGAUCCAUGCCCCAACACCGUUGAUUGCUUCAUUAGUCGCCCGACAGAAAAAAAGAUCUUCAUGUUGUUCAUGGUCAUAUCCAGCGUGCUGUGCAUCUUAAUGUGCAUUUGCGAGAUGGUUUAUCUUAUAGGCAAGCGCAUCAGCAAAAUCUUAACGGUCCGACACGAGAACCAGAGACUCGUAUUUGCAGACCAACACGAGCUGACCGAAAUAGCCCCGCCGAGGUCCGCGUAUCGGAGGACCGAUCCAACACUGUCUGACAGCCAGCUGAGUUUAAAUAAGAGGGAGAAGGUGAGGGAGGGCACCACGACUACAACACUGUAGGACACGGUGGCCACAAAGCCAUGGAUCCGUUUUUCGAUUGGAUGACCAUCUAACAGGAACACGGGUUACCUGAUGAAACUAUCAAACCCAAAGGACUGAUGAGAGGGCAGAUCCUGGGCUUUGUGAUCGUGUGAUCGUGCUGAGCACGAAACUUACAUGAUUCUCCGUGAGAAGGAUUUCCAACACUGGCUGGUCACAUGUUCUAGUAGAAGAGGACUGCUAUUAAUUACAAUGAGACCUAACUCUGUGCCAUAGAUCUGAUCAUAUGGCCGACAGCAUGAUGAGAGACAUUCAAAAGCCUGGUUUUGUGUUUUUAAGGACAUUUUAUAUUGAUUGUUGAUUCAUGAAAAAUAGCAAUAUGACAUAUUGUAAAUUACAGCACUUGGUAUCUGGUAUCAGCACUGUUAAGAGCUUUAUUAACAGCCUGACUGAGAAAUGAUGCAUUUAUAUUUCUUUUACAAAAGGGACCAAAAUACGACCGGGGAUUUGAUGAGCUUAAUGCCCCACAUGAAGUGUUGACUCCACCGAGGUUUAACUGUAUUCCUCCCAGAGACGGUCGAUCUCCAGCUGUGGAUUUUCUAAGAGCUUUUUUUGCCAGUAAAUUAUUGUAAGGAAGGAAUGGACUUCAUUGCAGCACAGAUAAGUUAAAUGUCGUACUGAUUCUCAAAUCUGCUGUAUUUGACAAUUGAAUCCAUAUUGUGUCUUGGUAAGGGCUCUUAAUUAGCAGAAUUUAAAAUUCACAUGACAGUGAAAAUAUUUGUUUUCUGUUUUUGAUGGUGCCUUCACGUGCUAGUCGGAAGAUCCUACUUACCACUUGUGAGUUACAAGAAUGUCAUUUAUAGUCCAUUUUUUAUGGAUAAAACGAUAAACAGCAUUGGUAUAUCAAUGGGUCAGUUAAUUGUACAUAGAUUACAGAUUCAAAUUAUGUACAGAAGCAACAGCCAAUUCUUGUUGCACUGACUCAAUCCGUCCUCUUCUCUGCCAUGUUGCAAGGUUCUGGUCCCCCCCAACACCAGAACUUGGGUUUUAAAAUGAUCUCAGACACGUGCAAAUUCCAAGUCGGCCACUCGUAUUUACCAUAAUUCCGAUAACACAUGAAGGCAACAUUAAUAUCAGGGGAAAGAAUGAACUUGAAGCUGUACAUACAGGAUGAUGUUAAAGCAGCUUUUUGUAAGGUGCUGUUGCUACACAGCCAACGUGAGCAUUAACAACGGUUUACAUACUCGUCUUGACAAGAGCUUCAGCCAUAGAUGCGUUUACACAACGAGAGGUGAUAAUACCUCUUCAGGGCAGACUGGGCAGGCUGGCAGGGACAGGGCUAGCUGGUUAGCAUGCUAACUUCAAUAUAAAUUUGGCUACGUAGCAAUAGCCACAUUUACUUUCGUUUUUGGUUGAAUCCCCACAGCAAGCUACUUUUGAUUAAGAGUCAACUUGAAUGUCAUAGUUUAUUUUAAGAUUUAUUUACUAUUACGGUUUAAUAUUAUAUUGAUAAAUUGUAUUGCUUGUAAAAUAAAAAUGCUGAUCAAGCUCA